CAGCAGCAGACCGCAGAGGAGCAGCGCAGAAAGAUCCAGCAAGGAGGGGACACAUUGAGACAAGGAGGGAGGGACAACCAGGCAACACAACCAGCCCUCACUAUACCGAGCGGUACCGUCUUGACAGCGUCUGUCAGCGGCACGGAAACACCCGGGGAUUUGUUUUCAUGUAUUUUUAGACACAGUCCGUCGUCACCAUGACAGCGGAGGAAACCAUUAAUGUGAAGGAGGUGGAGAUCAUCAAGGUGAUCCUGGACUUUCUCAACUCCAGAAAGUUGCACAUCAGCAUGCUGGCUCUGGAGAAGGAGAGCGGCGUCAUCAAUGGGCUCUACUCAGACGACAUGCUCUUCCUCAGGCAACUGGUUCUUGAUGGUCAAUGGGAUGAGGUCUUGCAGUUCAUUCAGCCUUUGGAGUGCAUGGAUAAGUUUGACGGAAAAAGGUUUCGUUACAUCAUCCUCAAGCAGAAGUUUCUGGAGGCUCUGUGUGUGAACAACGCCAUAUCUGCAGAGGAUGAGCCCCUGCAUCUGGAGUUCACCAUGCAGGAAGCAGUCAAGGGUCUCCAUGCCCUGGAGGAGUUCUGUCCCUCUAAAGACGACUACAGCAAACUGUGUCUGCUCCUCACGCUGCCUCGCCUCACAAACCACGCCGAGUUCAAGGAUUGGAACCCGAGCACGGCGAGGGUGCAGUGCUUUGAGGAGGCCUGCACUAUGGUAGCAGAGUUCAUCCCUGCUGACAGGAAGUUGAGUGAGGCCGGCUUCAAGGCCAGCAGGGACAGACUCUUCCAGCUGCUCCUCAAAGGAGUCCUCUAUGAGUGCUGUGUGGAGUUCUGCCAGAGUAAGGCGACAGGUGAGGAGAUCACAGAGAGCGAGGUGCUCAUGGGUGUCGACAUGCUAUGCGGUAACGGCUGCGACGACCUGGACCUCUCCCUGCUCUCCUGGAUGCAGAAUCUCGCCCACACCGUCUUCUCCUGCGCCUUCGAACAGAAGCAACUUAACAUCCACGUGGACCGCUUGGUCAAGCCUGCAAAGACUGGCUACGCCGACCUCCUCACCCCGCUCAUCAGUAAACUGUCUCCAUACCCCUCCUCCCCGCUCCGACGCCCACAGUCCGCUGAUACCUACAUGUCCCGCUCCUUGAACCCAGCACUGGACGGGUUGUCCUACGGGCUGUCCGGUCAGGAUAAGAGAGCAAGUGGUGGGGAGGUGGCCCCGGGUAAAGGCGUUUCUCCCAUGUCUCACUCAUUUGCAAACUUCCACUACCCCGGAGCGGGAGCACCGAACCUGAGCAGGAGUCUGAUGAUGGAGAGCUCCGACUGCCACAGCAUCUUUGAGGAAUCCCCUGAAACGUCAAGGACAGACACACCUGUAGAUAAGAUGCUGAGUUCAGGUGGAGCUCAGAAUCUUCGUCCUGCCCCAGCCCCGGGCGAGGAGGCUCCCCCAGCUGGCACUGCUGAUGGGAACGAGCUUCGCGACUCAACGGAGAAGUACGAGGAGUUCUAUCGGCAGCGUCUUCGCGUGCAGCAGCACCUGGAGCAGAAGCAGCAGCAGAGGCAAUUGUACCAACAGAUGCUGCUGGAGGGCGGGGUCCAGCAGGAUCCUCCGCCCAGCGACAUGCAGAACAGCCUGACGGAGAAGUUUCUCAACAGGUCUAUCCAGAAGCUGGAGGAGCUCAACGUUGGGAUGGAGAACAUGGGGGAAGAGGUGAAAUCUCUGGCCCAGCAGUGUAAUGGCAACGGGAACCCGCCCACCUCUGAGGACAAUAACAACCCUCCAUCUGGGACUCCCGAGCACAACAGUACCCGAGGGGGAGGGGUGCUCAGCAGCACCCCACAACACACAGUGGGGGGGCGUGCAGUCCAGCCCCCUGAUGAGUCCCCGGUCAUCUCACAGAGUGAGCAGAAAAACAAAGGUCAACAAGACGACUCUCCGAGCUCUUUAACCAGAAGUAAAGAGGGUGAGAAGACAAAAGACCUGUUUGUACCUGUGCAUACCCUGGAAGACACUCAGGCUGUUCGAGCUGUCGCCUUUCACCCGUCUGGAGCGCUCUACGCUGUGGGAUCCAACUCCAAAACUCUACGCGUCUGCGCUUACCCAGAAACUAUAGACCCAAGCAGUACAGGUCCAAUAAAACAGCCGGUUGUCCGCUUCAAGAGGAACAAACACCACAAAGGAUCAAUCUACUGUGUGGCCUGGAGUCACUGUGGACAGCUGCUGGCAACAGGCUCCAACGACAAAUAUGUCAAAGUGGUUCCUUUUAGUGCUGAGACGAGCAACGCUACAGGUCCAGACCUGGAGUUCAGCAUGCAUGACGGCACCAUCAGAGACCUGGCCUUCAUGGAGGGUCCAGAGAGCGGAGGAGCCAUCUUGAUCAGCGCUGGAGCUGGAGACUGUAACAUCUACACCACCGACUGUCAGAGAGGACAGGGUCUGCACGCCCUCAGCGGACACACAGGUCACAUUCUGUCUCUGUACACAUGGGGAGGCUGGAUGAUCGCCUCAGGCUCUCAAGACAAGACUGUGCGUUUCUGGGACCUCAGGGUGCCCAGCUGUGUUAGAGUAGUGGGGACUGCUUUCCAUGGCUCAGGCAGUCCUGUUGCCACAGUAGCAGUCGAUCCAAGUGGCCGUCUCCUAGCAACAGGACAGGAAGACAGUGCAUGCAUGCUGUAUGACAUCAGAGGAGGACGAACUGUCCAGGUGUACCGGCCACACAGCAGCGAUGUGCGCUCUGUCAGGUUCUCCCCCGGUGCACACUACCUGCUCACCGGCUCCUACGACACAAAGGUCAUGGUCACCAACCUCCAAGGUGACCUGACCAAACAGCUGCCUGUGACUGUGGUGGGAGAGCACGGCGACAAGGUGAUUCAGUGUCGAUGGCACACGCAGGACCUGUCCUUCCUCUCAUCCUCAGCUGACCGCACUGUCACACUCUGGACACACAACCCGUAACACAAACACACACACACACACACCAGUCUCUAUGAUCUAACUAAAACAACACUGCUCCUCCUACACUGUCACACCAUGGACACUUAGCAGCCUAAAAAAUACACAUACAUGAACACACAAACAGGAGAAUGAGCCUACCCUUGCAGUCUGUAGGAAACCAAAUGGAAACAAACUUUUGACACAUCAAAAGCACAUGUUGCAUGUUUUCCUUUUUUUUUUUUAAACAUUCCUCACAUCAAGCGUUCAUCUUAUUAAUUAUUCUCACUGUCACUUCAUCAGGUCAUCAUCCCUGACUCCCUUUACACUCCAUUCAGUUGCUGCAUGUACUUUUUAAUGAAGAGUGGUCGAGGUUAGACAAAACAUGUUCAUGAUGGUGCCUUCCUUGAGUUUCCAUUACAAAAAAUGUAAAAGAAAAAAACAUUUUAAAAAAGGAUAACAUGGUCCUUUUUUCAAGAUCAAACUUUGUGAGCUCAUUUUGAGAAGUCCUACAUUCCUCCUUCUUUUGCAUAUAGUUUUUUCUUACAUCUGAUGUUAUGCUGCUAUUGUUUGGUAAAAGGAAGAGUCGACUUUAUGGUGUAAAAUAUACAUUUUCAGUGUGUCGGUCACAAACUUUUCCCAUCAGGAGGCUGAAUCUGUGGAAGUCGUUCUAUCUCUCGAUGGGUCAGUUGUUGCUUCCCUGUGGGAUAAUGUACUGAUGUCUAUUGUUAACUACGUUACUACUCAAAAUGUAUAAAUUAGCUUGUGCAUUCGUUUCAAAUUUGAGAUCAGUGUUGCUGCAGUGAACCUGUUCAUGUCUUGCAAUGGCUUGCUUGCAAAGGAAAAUUGUGAUAAUGUCGACAUCAAAUGGGGAAAAAAGUGUAAUUUGUGGUUGAGCCCUGGCAUUUUUCAGUGUCCAUAAAGCUUUGGUUUGUCUACUGCUGUAAUGAUAUAACACCAGUAGGGGGCAGUCUUUGCCCAUAACAAGGGUCCUGCCAUGUGCACAAUGGAACCUGAGUGGAAGAACGGGUGUUUGGAUAUUUAUUUUUGAAACAGUAUUUUGGGGCAUUCAUAUUCUUUUCUUGUGUUUAACAUGCGCACUUUGUCUCUUAACAUUGAUUUACUUACUAAGAUGCAUAUUUAACUUUUUAUGUUAAUGUAUAGUAUAUAUUGUUUUAACAAAGAAGGCCAAACUAAUUCGUACAUAGAUGUAUUUAUUUCAGUUAUGUUCAUGUAUGUACAGUUAUUAUUAGUAUGUUUUAAAUGCUAGUGGCUCUUGUAUUUAGCCUUUCUAUUUCUUGUUUUUAAAAGUGACUUAAACUGAUUCAAGCUAACUCUAGUCUGACUGCUGGUACAUUCAAUAAAGUGUCUUUUACACAAA